AUGGAUCCUACUAUAAGAGGUGUUUAUAGCUACAGGUUUGUGGAACCUUCUUUGAAGACAUUGAGAGGAUUGGGAACUCGCCUGGUUCUCAACAAUAAAGACAAGUUCAAAGAUGCCUAUGGGAAUCUCCUAGGCAUGGUUAACACUGAGGUCAACAUUACAACUCUUCACACUCUAGUGCAGUUCUACGACCCUCCUCUGAGAUGUUUCACAUUCCAGGACUACCAAUUGGCUCCUACUUUGGAGGAAUACUCACACAUUCUGGGAAUUGAGAUUAAGGAGCAAGCUCCCCUUUUCCCUACAAAGGAACUUCCUAAGCCUCAACAUCUAACUGAAAUCCUUCACAUAGGGAAUAAGGAGGUGGAGCUCAAUCUUAAACCUAAGGGUGGGACCCAUGGGUUUGCCUUGAAGUUUCAGGUUGACAAGGUUAUUGCGUUGGCUGAAGAUGAGAGCGGGGAUGCCUUCAACAAUAUCUUUUCUAUGAUCAUAUAUGGGAUUGUGUUGUUUCCGAAUAUGGAAGACUUUAUUUACUUGGCUUCUAUCUACCUCUUCAUGGCCAAGAAUCUUGUUCCUACUCUCCUUCCUGACACAUAUUAUUCCAUCCACGUGAGGAAUGAGAAGAAAAAGGGGACUAUCGUAUGUUGUACCCCACUGCUGUAUAAAUGGUUUAUUUCGCAUCUACCCAUCAAGAGUCCUUUUAUUGAUAACGAGGGAAAUUUGAAAUGGUCUUAA